GAACUUUAAAAGACUCAUCACCCUCUCCUUCUCCUUCUCCUCUUCCUCUCCUCAUAGAACACCUUGCUUGACAUUAGCAAGAUAUGCUUUUCUCUGUCACAGUAAAGUUGUCAAUCCUAGCAACCCUGUUGUGGGUUGGUCUUACUACUCAAGUAGAGAGUUUAAAUUUUAACUAUACAAAGUUCCAGGAUUCAGAUAGAGACCAAUUCAUUUUCAGUUCUAAUGCCAGAUUAUUCCUUGAUGCCAUCCAAGUUACACCAGAUGUUAAUGGAGCAAGUAUGGCUGAUAGAUCAGGGCGUGUGGUGUACAAGAAGCCAUUCAAACUCUGGAACAGCAAAAGCAUCCAUUCAUCUUUUAACACCACCUUUGUACUAAACAUUUUAAACCAGACAAAUCCAGGUGGUGAAGGGCUAGCCUUUAUAUUAGCAGCUGAUUCCAAUGUUCCUGCCGACAGCGAGGGAGCAUGGCUUGGUAUUGUAAAUUCGAAGUUGAAUGGUACUUCUCAAGCCAAGAUAGUGGCGAUAGAGUUCGACACGAGGAAAAGCUACACAGACGAUCUUGAUGAUAACCAUGUUGGCUUGGAUGUAAACAGUGUCUACUCUCGUCGACAAUUCUCAAUGACUAGUCGGGGUGUUAAAAUUUCUGAUGGUGCCAAAGAAAAUAUCACAGCACUUGUUCAGUAUGAUAGUGAAGGCAAAAUUUUGACACUUUUCGUGGAAGAUAUGGAGGAGCCAGUGUUUUCUGAGAAUCUCGAUCUCUCACUCUAUCUUCCAGGAGAGAUUUACGUUGGAUUUUCAGGCUCAACAAGCAGUGAAACUCAACUAAACUGUGUGGUUUCAUGGGAAUUCAACGGAGUUGAGAUAGAUGAUGAUGAUAAGCUGAUAUGGGUUUGGAUUGUUGUUCCCGUAGUUGGAAUGCUCUUGUUGGCUGGUAUUGCAUUUUUAGUGUACUGGAAGAGGAAAAGUGACAGGGAGAAACUGGAAGAUGCUUAUCCAAGCAUCGAAGAAGCGAUCAAAGGCUCUUCAACUGCUCCGCGGAAGUUCAAAUUGAAAGAACUUAGGAAAGCAACAGGCAAUUUCAGCCCCAAGAAUAAGCUUGGAAAAGGCGGAUUCGGAACUGUCUAUAAAGGAGUCAUAGGAAACAAGGAAAUGGCUGUCAAGAAAGUUUCCAAGAAAUCAACUCAAGGCAAGACAGAAUUCAUAGCAGAAGUCACUACAAUUGGCAACCUCCAUCACAGAAAUCUUGUCAAGUUAAUAGGCUGGUGCUAUGAAAGGCGUGAAUUCCUCCUUGUAUAUGAAUACCUGCCUAAUGGAAGCUUAGACAAGUACGUAUUCUACGAUAAGAAGUCAGAAAUGCAAGAAUUAACACUGAGCUGGGGAACAAGGCUUACUGUAAUAUCUGGGGCAGCGCAGGCAUUAGACUACCUGCACAACGGCUGCGAGGAGACAGUUCUUCACCGAGACAUUAAGGCCAGCAACAUAAUGUUGGAUUCUGUUUACAACCCGAAACUGGGGGAUUUCGGUCUUGCUCGCACAAUUAAGCUAAGUGAUCAGACACAUCAUUCCACUAAAGAACUUGCUGGAACACCUGGUUACAUGGCUCCAGAAAGUAUUCUGACCGGAAGGUUUACUGUCGAGACGGAUGUAUAUGCCUUCGGGGUACUUAUCCUUGAAGUUGCUUGUGGAAGGAAACCUGGAAGUCAACACGAGCAGAAUGAUUAUAGUUGUAACAUAGUGCAUUGGGUAUGGGAACUUCACAAGAAGGGAAGAGUUCUUGACGCUGCAGAUCCAAGAUUGAAUGAGGACUUUGAACCAGUUGAUAUGCAAUGUCUUCUUGUUCUUGGAUUGGCAUGUUGUCAUCCAAACCCAAACAAAAGGCCAUCAAUGAAAAUUGUUUUGCAGGUUCUUAAAGGAGAAGCACCACCACCACCAGUCCCUAAUGAAAAGCCAGCUUUUAUGUGGCCACCGCUGCCUCCGUCUUUCAAAGAAUUGGAUAUCUCUCUUGGCCAAAUCAGUCCAUUCUCCGAAAUAAAUGGCAGAUAGAAGCACCAGCCACACGUAGAGAACUUGGAGCAGAAUUAAUCUGUUACAAGUAGAAAGAUCCAGGACAUUUUAUAAGGAUAUGGAAAUAAAUGUCCUCGUGAUUGUCUCAAAACAGUGUAGGGUUCUAGCCAUAGAAUGUAUACAUAAAUAUAUGCUUAUCUUUUUUCCAUGGAAAUGUCGGAUUGAUGUUUGGAUUCAAUUGUUAGAAAGAUAUUAUUGUUAACCAAUUAUGUUUAAUUUUGGCGAUUGCUUCUAAGUUAGCUUGUAAAUAUCAUAAUGUUUUUUAAAGAGAGAAGCUGUACUUGUAAUUCCUUUAAACGUCAAAAUUAAAGAGUUUGUUAUUUUAUA